AUGCCACCCUCAAGAGUCAAUCGACCUUCCGCGUUGGAACUUUCAGGUUGGGGCUCACAGGAAAGUAAUCCCCUACCAGAACAUCCAGCAGCCAUCCCUCAGAAGAGAAAAGCGCCUGAAGGGCAACAAUCUGAAGGUCCUCGUCCGCCAACCCUCAAACAACGAAUACUUCCAAACGUCGACUACUACAAAGAUCCUCCCGGUAUCGUUGUUCACAAUGAAUCAAACUUGGACGGAAUCGACGGGGAAGAACCUGGAGCGGCUGGAGAGGACGAAUUAAGGACUAAACCUGUCCGAUUCGCGAUGGACUUCGCUCUGUACGACAGAAAUCAUCAAAACGAGUUCAUGCUUAUCUCCGCGUUGGAGGAGGACUACGUUGGACGGAGCUUUGCUAUGGCUGCCUACGUUACGCCGUGCUUCGAAGAGGAGGAUAUAGCUCACGAUGAGGUGCUUGAAGUUGAUCCAGAUGAAGUGCAGUAUGUUGUCUUGGAGGGCAUACUUGGGUUUAACAUGGACUUCACUUCUAAAGCAAGCGCACCAUAUAUUGAGACCGAGAACGCGUGGUAUAUCUUGAAGAAGCCAUCCACAGGAUACAAGCCAUACUGGCAAAACCAUUUUAUUCCCCGUCGAAUCGCUCAGCUAUGCAUCUGUAAAGCAAUAGACCGUCCUAUGUGCUCUUAUCGGGGUUUCCUUACGGGUUUUCUGGAGCUAGCAGACCCUUUCGGUCGAAGCUAUGAAGAGGCCGAUCUCCAGUAUUCGGAUGUGAUACUCGAACUUUACCGCGCUAUUCAAGAUCUUCCAAAUUCUAGGACUCUCCGGUCAACUCCAUUCAUCCAUGAGCUUCUCUCAAGAAUGGCAGCACCCCGAUCGCAAAGUCGAAGAAGACGAGCUGCACCCCUUCCCAUCGACUUUGUCUCCUCGUUUAGGAACCCGGACAUUGCCCUUCUGCGUCCUGAAAAUCAAAACCCGACCCAGGUUACCCCAAGGAUAGCAAAGCUGGCGGUAGGGUUCUUUCAGGAGACACUUCAGGUUCUUGGACCACAGCCAAGAAAACAGCAAGGGCCAACACAGAAGCAACUCAAAGACGCAUGGCGACGACUCAGAGAGCUCGUUAUAAGAGCUAGGAAGAAAGGGCCUAAAGUUGUUGAUUAUAAGAAGGUAGAUCUCACGAAGCGGAACUCAGACUAUGUGAAGGUUAUAACAGUCGGCAACACAGAAUAUAGGGUUGGGGAAACGGUCAUCAUGCCAAUUGGGUCAGAUGCUGCAGAUGGAAAAGAAGUACCAGAUCUCCCAGAUCCUGAUGACGAUGGGUUACGCGACAAAGGUAUUUGGGAUUACUUUUGGUUCGCGAGAAUCGUUUGGCUAAACUACGCCUCCAAAAGGGCACACAUACAAUGGUACAACCACAGUUCUGCGACCGCCAUGCAGGGAUUCGGUGACAACCAGGAAUUAUUCCUGCAAGACCACUGUGACACGGUCUAUCUAGAUAUAAUCACGGCAAAGGUUGUCGUUCAUUAUUUCCAUAAGACGGUUGAAGGAGACCAUCAAACUCCAUUUGGGGAGUUCUUUUGCAAGAUGAUGUACGAUCCCGCAACGGCCCAGUACACCGCGUUCACCAGCUAUCCAGGAACCACCUCUCAACCUCCCAACAACUGUCCAGUUUGCGCCUUAGCAGCACAAGAGCAGGAUCGUCGAGAAGGGAAGCCGAUCCAGAACGGGAACGGUGUCAUGAUUGGUAUAUCCAUCAAUGACCAAAAGGUUCACCUCAACGAUUUCAUUCUGUACCACGGCGACAAAGUCGACGGACCGGCUCGAAUAGGGCAGGUAUACGAGCUCAAAAUGGGAGCUAUUCUGAUGGUGAGGAGAUUUGGAAGGAUCAGUCAAGUGCAGGGCUUUCCUGAUAAUGAACUUCGAGAUGAGCGACAUCUCUUUGCGACAACUGAGAUCGAUGAAGUAUCUGUGCGGAAUGUCGUCCGGAUUAUUUAUGUCGUUCAUUCCCACUCACUGCAAACCAGUAACAUGAACAUCGACGAAUGGACACUACUUUCACCGGACCACUUCUACGUCACGUAUAUGUUCCGCAGACAACAAGGCUCUUCCUGGGCAGCGAGGCGGCAGUUGCGACCGCAAGAGGUUUCCGUAUGCACACUUUGCACUGAGGAGAAAAUGGAGUGGUUGGAACGUUUCGCCAAUUACCAAGCUAAACGACGUCCGCUCUUUACUCUUGACCUCUUUGGUGGUGCCGGUGCACUGGGGGUUGGAAUGUCGGCUGUAAACAAGUGUCUUAAAGUCAAAUAUGCCAUUGAACUUACUCCGAGUGCUGCUCAAACGUAUCGCAAAAACUCACCCGAGACCGCGGUGUGCAAUCAGUGCACUAAUAUUGCGUUACAAUACAUUAUCAAGAAGAAUGAAAGUCACGACGUUGAUGUUCCACUCCAACUCUUUGACAGUAAAACACCGAUACCGCAACCUCCAGGACCAAAAGAGGUGGACGUAAUAUUAGCUGGCUUGCCCUGCCAACCUCAUUCAAAUCUAAAUAUGUUCAAGAGAGCAGAUGAUCGGAAGAGUAACCUCUUAUUGAGCAUGUUGUCCUACGUCGACUUCUACAGCCCGUCUUAUCUCUUCGUUGAGAAUGUUCCUGGGUUCCUUCGGUAUAGCCUCAAUGCAACUCAGAAGAACAAGUUCACCACGGAAGGUGGAAUAGCUCAAGGUGGACUGCAGCUUAUGCUGCGAGCACUAACAGAUAUGAAUUAUCAACUACGCUUCGCACUGCUACAAGCUGGGCAUUAUGGCUCCCCUCAGAACCGAAUUCGAUUCAUCCUCAUCGCAUCAAAAAUUGGACGACCACUCCCACAACUUCCUCAACCGACUCAUGACUUUGUUAAUGUCAAUAGUCUCCCAGUGCGGCUCGCAAAUGACCACAUCGCAAGACCGAUUAUGACCACACGAGGAAGGGCACUUCAUCCGGCAGUCACCAUUGCUGAUGCUAUUAGUGACAUGCCUCGCUGGGAUUGGCAACAUCCAAAACGCGAACGACGAGGAGCCUAUCAAAGCCGCCGAGAUCAGGGCAUUCCUGCCGUACCAUGCAAGAUAUCAGAGGCGAAUUGCGGUGGAAGUCUCCAUCAGGGUGUGAUACACUAUCACCAUGCACCACGUUCUAGGUAUCAAAAGGAAGCAAGGAUGCGAGAGACGGCCAACCUCCAGCACUUCACGAAGUGUUUGAUUGCCGAGAAAGUUCAACGUACCGUGGAAGUACCUCUUAUUCCGAAAGCGGAUUUCAAACUCCUGUCUUCGAGCCGUCAACAAUACCAGACCGACAAUCCCGAGUCAUGGGUAGCCCGGAGGGGUUACCGGCCAGGUCAGUAUGGUCGAUUGGACCCAGAUGGAUUCUUUCCGACAACCGUUACGAAUGUUGACCCCACUGCAAAGCAGAGCUGGGUUCUGAAUCCGUGGGUGAGUAACGGCUGA